UGAGAAGAACGAGACGAAUAUACAAAGAGGGAGGUACCUAGCAAAAAUUUCGAUUUUUUUCGUCACAUCUGAUUCAGUGAUAUCUUGCAUUUAUUUAUUCAAUUCAUAGAGCUCAAACGUGAAGUGAUAUCAGUUCCCAACAGUUAAAAUUAAAUUGUUUCGAAUGUAGUAAACGCAAUUUUUGGCGCACCUGUUUUAAAAAUAUUUAAAAGUUUUGCGAUAGAUGAAAUGGGAUUAGGAUAAAAUAAUUAUUAAAAUCAAUACGUAAACAUGAAUGACGAGAAGCAACCACUUUUAACUGGACCCAGUACACCUAUUGAUAACGUAGAUGUCCAAACUGUGGAAUUAGAUAAUGAUCCAACAGUAUCCAAAGAUGAGAAAUCUAAAGGCGAAUACAAUCCUGCGUCGGAACGAUGUUUGGAGCAUCCAACAUCCAACUUUGAUACCUUGAUUCAUCUUCUGAAGGGUAACAUUGGCACUGGAAUUCUGGCUAUGCCAGAUGCUUUUAAAAACGCAGGACUGAUGUUUGGUGUGUUUGGUACACUUUUCAUGGGUGUUGUAUGUACACACUGCAUGCAUAUGUUAGUGCAGUGCUCUCAUGAGUUAUGCAUAAGGAACCAACGACCGGCUUUAAGUUUUCCCGAAGUUGUUGAGGAUGCAUUCAUAUUAGGUCCAGUGCCACUAAGACCUUAUGCUCAGAAAAUGAAGAAUGUAGUCAAUGUAUUUCUGGUGAUGACACAACUGGGAUUUUGCUGUGUGUACUUUCUGUUUGUUGCCACUAACCUGCAAGACACUAUGCGUUUUUUCCACAUUAAUUUCAGUGUACACACCUACUUGACUUUAUUGUUUAUUCCCAUAUUUUUAUUAGCCAUGGUGAGAAACCUAAAAUAUUUGACUCCAGUGUCACUGAUUGCUUCAAUAAUGACUGCUUGGGGUCUAGUUAUUACAUUCUACUAUAUAUUGCAAGAUUUGCCACAUACUAGCACUGUUAAGUCUUUCACAAGUUGGCAUAAACUACCGUUGUACUUUGGUACCGCCAUAUAUGCAUUUGAAGGUAUUGGAGUGGUUUUACCUUUGGAGAAUAACAUGAAAACACCUGAAGACUUUGGAGGAUGGAAUGGAGUUCUGAACACCGGUAUGGUCAUUGUGGCUUCUCUGUACACCGCAAUUGGAUUCUUUGGAUACCUGAAGUACGGCGACCAUGUCUUGGGCAGCAUCACCUUGAAUUUGCCUAAUGAUUUAUUGGCUCAAAGCGUACGAGCAGUGAUGGCUGCGUCCAUAUUUCUCUCUUACGGACUACAGUUCUAUGUGCCAAUGAACAUAGUUUGGCCUUAUGUAAAGUCUAAAUUGACAUCGGAGUCAGCGCUGAAACAUGGUGAAGCUGUUACUCGUUUCGUGCUGAUUUUUAUCACAUUUAUAGCAGCAGCACUAAUACCAAACUUGAGCGGCAUCAUCUCCCUGGUGGGCGCGUUCAGCAGCUCCGCUCUGGCCCUCAUCUUCCCCCCGCUCAUCGAAAUAGUCACCUUCUGGCCCGACCAGCUCGGCACGCGCAACUGGAAACUAUGGAAAGACAUCGCCCUCAUUUUAUUCGGAAUAACUGGAUUUGCAUUUGGGACUUACUCCAGUCUAGAGGCUAUUUUACAACACGCUUGAAGUACAACGUAAUGCAAAAUGACGAUAUGAACAAAUAGAACCAAAGAGUUUUCGAAUUAUUUAUUGUAAUAGAUGAUCUGACAAUAAUUGUGUGUAGUAAAUAUUUUGAUCUGUUUUGCUUUUGAAAGUUUUUUACUGUAGCAUUUAGGCGACUUUAUUUCAACGCAACAUAACUUAAAAGUUAUUUAAUUUUAAGCUUUUUAAAGUAUUAAUUCACCUCAUAAGACAUGAUUCCAAAUUAAUAUAUUUUCCAUUUACAUCGGGUUUCCUAGUGAGAUUCUAGUUAAAACUUUAAAGGUUUAAUAAAGAUACCUAUUGGUACUAAUAUAUAUGGUUUGUUUAUGUGAUAAAAUUAAUACUAAAUGUUGUAUAAAUUUAAAAUACUAUUAAGCUGUGAUGAUUUAACGUAUUCACCUUUGACAUAAAUUCUUGUUUUUGUUAUGAACUGUUACAUUAUACAAUGCUUAUUUAUGUUGUGAUUCUUUUUCAAGAAUGUAAAUAAUAUCACGAUAAUAUCGCAAAAUAGCAAUAUUUUAUGGCAAAUGAACAACAAGAAUUUUCGCCUAAUCUAAGAAAUUAAACAAGAUGUUUACAAUGAUCAAAUAAAAUAUAUCAAAUACUAUAUAAUCAUGACAUAUAAUUUAUGAUUUUUUAUGAUAAGUAGUUAAUUUUAAUUUAUUGUAUUCAAAUUUCGAGCGCUCAAAACAAAAGUAUUUUUUUUUUUCAUAUAAUUUAUUUUGAUUUUUGAUCUUAAUCAUGUUGAUAGUAACAUUAUUUGUAAGCUUAAUUGUAUGCUUUCCGAGAUAGAUGUAUAUUAUAUUAGCAGAAUAUAUUCUUCAAUAUAGUGUACACAAUAGUACCAUAUGAAAUUCAAGUCAUAUAAUACUGCAUCUAAAUGGAAGUUUUGUAAAAAAUAUUAUAAAAAAGUUGUUUUAAUUUUUUCUGAAAUAAGAGACAUAUCUAUAGUCCCAAUCUGAAACAAGUUUCGAAUUGGUACAAAGUUUAAUCUUAUUUAUUUAACAGUGGUAACCUAUCAAAAUUGGGGAGCAAAGUGCUCAUUUUAGAAGCGAGGCAAGAGUACGACCAUUUUUCAUUAUAUGGGGACUUUAUCUUUUAUUUCUUGAGUCUUCAAAAGUCAAGAAACAAAUAAAUUUAAAACAACUUAAAUAACUGUAUGUUAUGACUAUAAAUUAAUUUGUGUUAGUGUAAUAAUUAGAUUACUAUUACUAUGCUGUAUAAGUUAUACAUAACGGUUAUAACUAAAUAAAUCAUUCCUUAUUAUAUAUAGAAGCACAUGUGUUAUUUUGGUUUAGACUUUCCUGCUUCAUUAUUUUAUGACGGCUUGUUUAUAAAUUUAUUGAUGUACUUAUACGACAUAAUAUUAAAUAAAUAUGAGAGCAUGAAAA